AUGACAUAUCAAAUGUUAUAUUGGUGGAUGACUUUUGUAAUACUUCAAUUUUGCUUCACGAUACUACUAGCAGAUGAUCGUAUUUCGAGUAGUUCUCCUGCAUCUAUUCCGGAUGGAACUUCUCCGCACGAUGAUAACAAGUCUACAGUUAAAAGUGUCACCUCAUCCACUCGAGAAAAAUUACUUCGGUAUGAAAAAGACGGUCUUGUAGCCAAAGCAAUACAUUCUAGUGCUAUCGCUUUAUCCAAUCCAGGAAGAUUGCUUUCGUAUGAGAAAGUCGAUCUUCCAGUCAAGAACAACUUUCCAGCAUCUAUUCGGGACAGAAAUUCUUUGCACGAUGAUAACCAACUUACAUUUAAGAAGAAUUCACCGUCAUUUGUUUUGGAACAAAAACCAUCAUCUAAAAUCGGUUCCGCAGCUAAAGUACCCAGAAAAAGACUACCAACGAAACAACGAGUUAGACUUGGAAAUCGAUCUAGGUUUCGAUUUCGUCCACGAGGAAAAUUUGGUUUAUUGGCAAGCGUUGUUGGAAGUGCUGUUUCUGGGAUUAUCGAUAACCUUCGAAAAUAA